AUGGCGACGUGUGCCCAUCAACAAGGAUGGAGAGUGGUCCUGGGGCAGGUGCACCUCCAGCCCCAAGACAUGUCCUGCUACAACCAGUGCCUGCCAUGCCGGCCCUGUGGCCCGACCCCGCUGGCCAACAGCUGCAAUGAGCCCUGUGUCAGGCAGUGCCAGAACUCCACUGUCGCCAUUGAGCCCUCUGCUGUGGUGGUGACCCUGCCCGGCCCCAUCCUCAGCUCCUUCCCGCAGAACACCGUUGUGGGCUCCUCCACCUCCGCUGCUGUUGGCAGGAUCCUCAGCUGUGAUGGAGUGCCCAUCAACUCUGGGUGCUGUGACCUCUCUGGCAUUUCCAGACGCUACUAGGCAGCAGGUGGCCCAUCUCCAGAUAAAGAUGCUGGAAAAGCCCCAGGGUGACACCUUGAGGAACUCAGAACAUGGUGCUGGGCAGAGGAUC